GCAGCGGGUUCAUAGAGGUCAGAUGGCCCAAAUUUGGAAAGUUGUAACAAAAUACUGAUGCUGCACAAAAUGGCCGAAUGAAUGAGUUAUUUUCAGUAUAAUUAGAUGAAAUAUUUGUGAUAAUAGUACAGAAGCAGGAUUAUAAUAGUGAACAGAUUUACUGUGAGGAACUAGGCUAAGCAGUGCUUCCUGGUGCGGAAUUUAUUACUAAAAAUACACUUCAAAAUGUGGAAACACACAGUUUCAGUGAUUUCUUUACUGAUAGUUACAAAUUGUGUUAAUGCUAUAAAUCCCGACGUGGCGAAUAAAAUAAGAUGCUGUGAAUGUACUUCUAUGAUACCAUCGGAAAUGAGAGAUAUUGAGCCUCAACUUGUGCCGUCACCUUUUGUUAUAAAAAUAGACCCAGAAAAAAUGUCAUAUAGCAUGGGAGGAACUGAUAUUAAUGUAAAUUUAACGUCCGUAGUAGAGGACCGAAAAUUCCGUUCAUUUAUGAUAGAAGCACGAAGAAUUGACCCAACUCGGGAUACAGACGAGGCUAUCGGAUGGUUCUCAGUAUUAGAUCCCAUUGAUGCUGUACAAGACUGCAAAAGUUCUUAUGGGGCAGCCUUAGUCAAUUCAGUAUCCAAUGUCAAUGAAAAAACCAAUGUCCGUAUGGCAUGGAAACCAUAUGGUAGCUUUCAGGGACAUAUAGAAUUCAGGGCCACAUUUGUUGAAGAUGAAAACACAUACUGGUUGCUGGAGAGGUCCAGGCCUUUGUAUGACCCCACUCUCCCUCAACCUCCAAAGCCUUUACCAAGAUAUAUUCCACCACCUAUCCGUGCAAUAGAUGUAACAGGAUGUGGAUCAACAAAAGGGUGUUACAGAGUUCCUGAAGGUUGUGUGGAAGUUGAAUGUGAAUAUAUCUUCACAUGGAGAAAUAAAGGUUCUGUCAUGGAAUAUGAAAUGAGUGCUUUAACUGAUGGUUUUAAUGACAGAUACUUCGCUGUUGGUUUCUCGGAGGAUAUUUACAUGGUAAGUGGUAGUUUCACUGAGGAUAUAUACAUGGUAAGUGGUAGUUUCACUGAGGAUAUAUACAUGGUAAGUGGUAUGGUAAGUGGUAGUUUCACUGAGGAUAUAAACAUGGUAAGUGGUAGUUUCACUAAGGAUAUAUACAUGGUAAGUGGUAGUUUCACUGAGGAUAUAUACAUGGUAAGUGGUAGUUUCACUGAGGAUAUAAACAUGGUAAAUGGUAGUUUCACUAAGGAUAUAUACAAGGUAAGUGGUAGUUUCACUGAGGAUAUAUACAUGGUAAGUGGUUGUUUCACUGAGGAUAUAUACAUGGGUAAAGACAUGGUGUUUGAAUGCGUACAUAAUAGUACAAGAGAAAAUGUGGAGGUUUACCAGUCCUUUAACUUGGAAGGUGAACAUAAAAAUGUCAGACUGACCAAUCCUAAAGUAGGUAUAGAAGAUGAAGAAGGGUCUUACAAUGCUGGUAGAUUACGAUGUAGAUUUUCCAAGACCAAGAGUGUUAAAGAGGCUGAAGAUUUCGACUUGAGUAAUAAUGUUUAUCAUCUCCUUAUGGCUAGAGGACGGGCAUCUAAUGGUCAUAUAAGACGUCAUGGUUUGACAGUAGGUCAUCUUCCAGCAGUAUCUCCUGAUGAAAUCGAUGUACUCAGACCUCUAAUUCUCGUGCGAUCAUGCUUGAUGUUGCUGGCGUGGGUGUUUUUCGCACCAAUAGGUUUGAUUUGGAUGAAAUAUUACACUACAAUGUGGCCAAACAGCAGAUUCCUCAGGGAGAAGUACUGGUUUGUGGCUCAUGCAAACUGUACAUUCUGGGUGGUACUACUGGUUCUCAUUGGUGUUAUUCUCAUCUUCAUUGAAGCUGGAGGCUGGAGCGAGUUUCCAGAGCUGCCACUUAAAGCUCAUCCUAUACUUGGCAUCAUCGUCUUUAUCUGUGUGCUUGUUAUUCCUAUUAUUGCAAUAAUCCGGUGUCCGGAGACUCACACCUGCCGGCCUGUGGGAAACUGGUUUUAUUGGCUGUUCUGGACCAUUGCUUUCUGUCUUGCAAUCCCAAACAUAUUUAUUGGUAUGGAGUUUGGUAAGGCGAUGGUACCAUGGUGGUUGACCUGGAUACUCUGUAUUUUCUUCCUGUUUAACUUUAUCUGUGAAGUGAUGCUUGAAGUUCAUCAAUGUUGCACUCAUAAGAGAAACAAAGAGAGGAGACAAAAGUGGGAGCUACAGAAGAAAGAGAAUCCAAAUGCCCACAUUCCUGAGCCAUGGCCUGUUGGAAGGAACUUCAAGCGCAAUGUACUUUUUACUCACUUCAUAGUGUGUCUUAUAGUGGUCAUCAUUUCGGUUAUUACUGUAGCAGUAUCCUAGAAUGGUAACCAGUCUAGAAAUGUAUGCAACUAGUGUGCCAGUCUGAGAUUAUCAACAUCGCCAUAGCAACUGAUCGCCAUAGAUGAAAUUGUUUGAAAUUUUAAAUAUGAAAAACCUUAAACCUGUGAAGUGAUUUGGAUAAUUUAAAAAAACCAGGAAUACCAUGUUUUACUGCAGAAUUAUUUUUCUUUGAAUUCAGAUAUUUGGAUUUAAAUCAAGGACUGUUUUUUAUUAAGAUGAAAAAUUCCUGGAAAUGAAAUAAAAGUGCGUGUGGUUACCAGUUUUGAUGGAGUACAAGAAGUUGAGAGUUAACUUGCAUGGACCUUAGUGCUUACAUUAAUUAUACUUGCAAUAUCAGUGCUUUAUACAUUCAUAUGCAAUGUACGCCUUUGAAUAUCAUUCUGACAUUAUCUCGGCCAUCCUAGAAUAUUCUCGAAUGUUCUAGAAUGUUUAUUUUACAAAGCUGCAUGCUUCCAGAUAAACAAAAAUAUUCCUAGAAAAUCAAAUUAUAGAAAAAAGUACACAGAUUUGAAGAACAGUAAAAAGAUUCAAGAUAAAAGUAAUAAUUUUCAUGUUAUGUGUGAUUUAUGACCAAUUUUGCAGUAAUUUUCACCAUAUUUCUACUGCAAUUAUAACACAUUAAGGGAUAUUUUUUGCAUAUUUUGACCUGUUUUUUUUUCUUUUGGUUAUUAACAUGGAAUGAAAGUGGUGUUUGCAAUUUUCCUUUGUCAAUGUUUUACUUUUUAAUACAUUUUCAAAUUUUCAUAAAAAUUAGCAUGGAUCUGGAGGCGUGCUGCUUUAAUGCUAAAGUCUAUGUAUCAAACAAAAAGGCACAGGUUAUCAUCCUUUAGAAUGUAAGAAACUAUAGGACACAAAAUAGGCUUACAAAUUACUCAUGACAUGGCUUUGUUAUUUUUUUGUGAUGAUGUCAUUUAAAAGUGAAAUAUAAUCAAAACUUUAACGGUACUCAACCAUUGUAAAGUAAAUCAUAUAGUUGACUAUGGAACUAAAAAUCUUUUAAUUCAGACAGUAUUUUGCUUCCAGUUUAUCUAAAAAAGGUGAUAACAUUUAAAUGCAGCUUUUAUUUACAACAUAGAAAAAGGUGUAUAGUAAAUAUAGAAACCAAUUAUUUCCAUGUUUUAAGUUGCAUACAGUAAGACCUGUAGUGAAGACUGUCUGAAGGCUCAUUUAUUGACAGUUGGCCUUUAAAUACAGGUUAAAUCAAUGGUCAUUGUUCUCUGUUCAAAGGUGGUAUUUUCUUAUAUGUUUCACUGUAUUUACAUUGUAUGUUGAUAUUUACAAUUUAUUAAUGGUGCUAGCGUAUGACGGUAAAUAUGUAAGCAUUUGUAAGUACUCAUUCUUUGAAUAUCAGGCUUAAUCGCAUUGUAUGUUUUUACUGACAUCUCAUAUAGAUCUGACCAUUUUUUUUCAACACCUAUUUUGUUCUUAGUUGUUGUUAUUUUUUUUCUUUGGUUUGUUUUUUAUUGCUUUUAUCAGUAUCAGUGUCCAUUAGUGGCUAGUGCAACUGUACUUAUUCAUUUUUGGAAUAAAGAAUGAAUGAAA